UGCACAUUCACUAAACUGCUGCAAAUGUGUGUGUGGAGGGGUUAACAGGAAGCACAAAGAGGACCGUUGAUUCCUGUUUUGGGAAGCACUGAAGGAAUAGAAGUGGAAAAGAUUUGGAUACCAUAAAAAGAAAGAGGUGUGAAAUCUGCAGCCACACAGAGAGAUGGAUGUGAAGAAGGAGAAGGCUGACAAAGAGGAGAAGACAGAAGAGGAGGUGGUGCGCCUCAAGAGAGAGAUCGGCCUGCUGCCUGCCGUGUGCUUCAUCAUCGGCACAGUGGUGGGCAGCGGGAUCUUCAUCGCACCAAAGGGAGUUCUGAUGAACAGUGGCAGCGUGGGGCUCUCUCUGCUGGUGUGGGCGCUGUGUGGGGUCCUAUCUUUGUUUGGGGCCCUGUGCUAUGCUGAACUGGGCACCAGUUUUACAAAAUCAGGGGGCCACUACACUUAUCUGCUGGAGACACUGGGACCACUGCCUGCCUUUUUACGACUCUGGGCUGAGUUCUUAUUUAUCAGGCCGUCUGUGGCUUCCUAUGUGUCCCUUGCUUUUGGCCGCUAUGUGGUGGAGCCGUUCUUUGUGCCCUGCGCUGCUCCGACAGGGCUAAUAAAACUUGUCAGCAUCCUGGGAGUGACGUUUGUCGUGGCGAUCAACUGCUGGAGUGUGACCAUGGCCUCUCGCACUCAGAUCACCUUGACUUUCAUUAAGACGUUUGCUCUGGUCCUCAUCAUUAUCCCUGGAGUCAUCGCACUGGCCAAAGGAAAAACGGAGAAUUUCCAGAAUGGUUUUGAGGUCGACUCAUUAACACUGGAUAGGUUGCCGCUAGCCUUCUACAAUGGUUUAUAUGCUUAUGGUGGCUGGUUUUACUUGAACUUUGUCACAGAAGAAGUCAUAAACCCAAACAGAAACAUCCCGCUUGCAAUAAUCUGCUCCAUGGUGACAGUGACGGUCUUUUAUGUGCUUGUAAAUGUGGCCUACUACACCAUGAUGACUCCGGCUGAGCUGCUGCUGUCUGAAGCUGUGGCUGUGACGUUUGCUAACCGUGCUCUGCAGGGAUUGGCGUCUGUGAUUCCUUUACUUGUGGCGCUUUCCUGCCUCGGAGCGCUUAACGGUGGCUUCUUUGGGUCACCCAGGAUGCUGUUUGUGGGAGCCAGGGAGGGCCACUGGCCCGUGGUCUUUUCUAUGAUUCACAUCCGCAGACACACACCUUUACCUGCUGUGCUGUUACUGUACCCACUGGUGGUUAUGAUGUUAAUCAGGGGAGAGAUCUACCAGCUAAUCAACUUUGCCUCGUUUGCUCGCUGGUUUUUCAUCGCCUUGGCAACCUUGGGGAUGCUCAUCCAUCGAUAUCGCUUCCCAAACCACCCAAGACCUUUCAAGGUGCCCCUGGUCAUCGCAGUCACCUUCACGGUGGUUUGCUUCUUCAUCGUGGGUCUGUCUCUGUACUCGGACCCCUGGAACACAGGGCAAAGCUUUGCUCUCACACUCACCGGGGUCCCAGUUUACUAUCUGAUCAUCCACCGCUAUCGCUUACCCAGCAGAUGGAGACGCAUCUUUAAUUACUGCAGCAGGCAGCUACAGAUCCUACUAGAAGUGGCUCAGCAAGAAGUGCAGACAUACUGAGGACCCCAAAGAUCGCUUUCUACUGACAGACUGGAGCUGGAUACCACCUUAACAAGUCGCAAAUCUUUUUUUGGUUAGAGUUCAAACUUGUGUCUUAACUGCCCAUUUUGAUAAAGAUUUUUAAGACGCUUUUUUUGUGGAAAUUUGAAACUGUAAUGGAAACAAGUGUUGUUUUUGAGUUCUCUUGCAGAAUUUUACCUAGACUGCAUUAGAUUUAGGUAAUUUGUGUAUGCUGGACAUAAGUGCAGUGUUUUUAACAGCCAUUGACACUGGAGUAAGAGGUGCUGUCCUCUACUGUUAUUCUCCCUUAACAUCUGAAACUCUUAGAAAGUUAAGUAAGAAUCAAUAAAGUCAUUUUU